AAAUGAAAAGCUAAAACAUCUGUGGGUGAUUAUGAGAAAGUGCUAUUAUGGCAUGGUCUGAUUCUUGGAUGAAAAGAUGGAAUUUUUAUUACCUUUUCAGAGUGUGACAAUGAUGGAUUCAAUAUGGUGUGUGUUUGCUCAGAACAAAGGGGGGAUAUGGUUGCAAUAAAGGUGUGAGUACACAAUAAAUAAGGGUUAUAAUUGCAUGGUGCUGUGGGUUGAAAGCUUGGGAACCAAGUGAUGGUGGUGAUAAUGGUGGCUUCCAUUAUUGUGUGAAGAGUGAGUGGAAAGAAGGAAGAAGCAAAAAUGGGAAGAACACCAUGCUGUAACAAGGAGGGUUUAAGGAAAGGAGCAUGGACAGCUGAAGAAGACAAGAUUCUUGUGGCCUACAUCACCAAGAAUGGACAUGGUAACUGGAGAUCUCUCCCUAAACUUGCAGGUUUGCUCCGAUGUGGGAAGAGUUGCAGGCUUCGGUGGACAAACUACCUUCGCCCUGGCAUUAAGCGCGGGCAGUUUAGCUCAGAGGAAGUGGAUACUAUCAUUCAACUGCACACUGUGCUUGGCAACAAGUGGUCUGCUAUAGCCUCCCAUUUGCCAGGAAGAACAGACAAUGAUAUAAAGAACUUCUGGAACUCGCAUUUAAGGAAGCAGGGAAGUGAUCCCAACCAUCAAAACCACCAGAUGGCUCAUCCCCAUGGCAACAUUGAUGAAAAGGUGGAAACCACCCUAUCAACCAACCACAUUGUACAGUGGGAUAGUGUAUCUGUUGCCCCGUCGCUUCUUGAUCUGCCAUCAGCAAGUAAAAUGGAUCACCACGACCCCUUCCUCCGCCUGUGGAAUUCUGAAGUUGGAGAAGCGUUUUGCAGUUUCAAGAAACCGCGUGGAGUGCCUUGUCAAAGCCCGGUGUCUUCAUCGAGCAAAUUCGAGUCGAGUUCUGGGAUCACACUGCACUCUGAACCUGCUUCAAAGCUUCUUAGCUCUGCUGACACAGUUGAGGGUGUGCCUAUGAACUGCAAAGUCGAGGAAGAAGAAGAAGAAGAUACUAAAUCCUAUGAAUUGGUCGAUCCCUCGGAAACAACACUGAAGCUACUGCUAGAUUUUCCUCCCGUUGUAAACGACAUGGGAUUCUUCCAAGGGCCCAGAGACAACCUCUCCAUUUACCUCCAAAACUAACUUUUCUCCGGCCUGGAACUUAAACUACACGUACGUUUUGCUACAAUCUAAUCUAAUUAGCUUCCUGUUUUGGUCUUAUAGUUAGGGCAAGGUAAGUUUGUGAAAGUAGUUAUGAUCAUAGCAACCUAGUAUAGAAUGAAACAUGCCACACAGAAUCAAAUUAAGGUAGAGUAAAAGGUAUGUAUGUUCUAUGCUAUGUCAAAUGCAACUGGAUUCAGAUAAUACAGCAGAUGAAUAUGUUUACAGUUUGUCUAUCUUUGGCUUUGGGAUUUCUUCAACUCUUGCAGAGAUGAAUAAAGAUUGAAUUCAAUCAA